AUGUUCAACGAAGCUGUGCCCACGGCGCCGCAUUUUGUUAUGUUUUUUGCACCGUGGUGUGGACACUGCAAGAGGCUUCAACCUGCCUGGAACGAGCUGGCAGAGAAGUACAACGGCAUGGACGAUCCCCCGGCGUAUGUGGUGAAAGUCGACUGUGUGCAGGAUACAAAGUUCUGCUCAAAGGAACACGGAGUCCGGGGCUACCCAACACUAAAGCUGUUCAGACCAGGUCAGGAGGCAGAGAAGUACCAGGGUCCCAGAGAUGUGCAGUCCCUGGAGACUUGGAUGCUUAAAACACUCCAGGAUGAGCCCGCUGAGCCAGAGACCGAACAAGAACCUCCCAAAGCCCCUGAGCCAAAGCAGGGCAUGUACGAACUUAGCUCCCACAACUUCAAAGAACACAUCGCAAAGGGUGCACAUUUUGUGAAGUUCUUCGCCCCUUGGUGUGGUCACUGCAAAGCCAUGGCUCCGACAUGGGAGCAGCUCGCCGGCACCUACGAGCACUCUGAGGACGUCAAAAUUGGAAAGGUGGACUGUACGCAGCAUUACGAAGUGUGCUCUGAAAACGGCGUGAGAGGAUAUCCCACUCUGCUGUUCUUCUACAACGGAGAGAAGGCAGAGCAGUUCAGAGGCAAGAGAGACCUGGACUCUUUCAAAGACUUUGUGGACAACCAGCUGAAGACGGUCCUCGCCAAAGACGAGCCAAAACCAGAGGAUCCCAGCGACAAUGAGAUCCCCACUGAAGAAGCACCAGAAGAGGAAGUCAAAUCCGGCGUGUUGGUGCUGACAGAAGCCAACUUUGAUGAAACCGUCGCGAAAGGCCUUACCUUCAUUAAAUUCUACGCUCCAUGGUGUGGCCACUGCAAGAACCUGGCUCCAGCUUGGGAAGACCUCUCCAAGAAGGACUUUCCGGGCCUCGCUGACGUCAAAAUUGCCAAAGUGGACUGCACAGUGGAGCGCACAGUCUGCAACAAGUACUCUGUGAGAGGAUACCCCACUCUGCUGAUGUUCCGGGCCGGUGCACAGGGGGAAGAGCACGAAGGCGGUCGGGACGUGGAGUCACUCCACAACUUUAUAAUGAAACAGGCCAGAGACGAGCUGUAA